AUGAAUAGCAAUUACAUGACACGAUAUACUGCUUCAUAUUUAAUUGAAAAACUUCAGCUACAACCUCAUCCCGAAGGAGGAUAUUACCUGCAAAUUUAUCAAGAUAAAUCGAUUAUUAAACAAUCUGGUUUACCAGAUAAAUUUGAUGGAGACAGAAGUUGCUUAACCUCAAUAUACUAUUUACUUGAAGGGAAAGAUUUUUCGGCUUUUCACCGAAUUAAGUCUGACGAAGUUUGGCAUUAUUAUACUGGUAGCACCGGCGUUAAAAUUUAUGAAAUAAAGACUGAUGGAGAACUUAUUGUUCACCAACUAGGUCAAAUUUUAGACAAAGGAGAGAAGUUUGUUUCCGCUAUUGAAAAAAGUUCAUGGUGCAGUGCUGAACUUAGCAAUCCGAGUGCUGGUUUUGCUUUAGUUGGCUGUACAGUAGCUCCGGGUUUUGAAUAUCAAGAUUUAGAGAUAGCUACUUUUAAAAAUCUUUCCGAGCAGUUUCCUCAACACACAGAAAUUAUCAAAAAACUAACUCGCAACUAA